CGGCUACCACCGAUUGGCCAGUUUAUUCGCGAACUCUAUAGCGAUCCAAACGUCGGCAUGACAAAGAAAAAGACCCAUUCUCUCACCUGUGCGGUCAAGUUAUUUGCUCUCAUCUACUUGUAUCGGUUAAAGUCGAAAUUACCCAAGCACGCGAGAGGAGGUGCUGAUACGCCUUAUCGUUUGAUCUUGGCUGCUCUCUUGACCAGCUCUAAAUAUCUAUCCGAGACAGGUACGGGGUUAACCAGCUUGCAAUUAUCUCAGUUAAGCCAGAGCGUCUUCACAGCCAACGAGAUCAAUCAAAUGGAAAGGAGUUUUCUGGGCUUGUUAAAAUACGAUUUGUGGGUGUCUGCUGGAGAUAUUCAGUCUUUUAUGCGUCUCUACGGAUAUACGCUACACAUGGAUGUC